ACCUUCGCCAGCUACUUUGUUUGCCUGGGCCACAGACAGCCUUCCGAGCGCUGUGUCUGCCUCUCUCUACUCUCUGCCCGCUCAUAUCGGCCUCCACGUCGCACGCCCUCCCACACCACAGACGAUCGAAAGAGCCGUCUUUGCCGACACAUCAGCACCGCACCGACCGUGUUGUACGAUAGCCCAACUGUCAACAAAUUCACCUCUCUCUCGCUCUAUUUCAGGAAGCUGCCAGGAGGUAGUUCGAGACAGGUCUAUUCUGCCUAAGGUAUGCACACCACUGGAGCCUGACACAAACGGUGCCGGCACAGACAAUCAGCACAGCACGAGCGCAGUGGUCAAUCAGUCCGUCCCAGAGUCAGUCCGUCAGGCCGUCAGUCAGGCCGUCUGUCAGUCAGUCACCCGACUCGUCCACUCUCGGGAUCAGCCUGCUACCAUCUGACUCUCUCGCAUCCCUCAUCACUUGCACCCCUUCAAUUCCCUCACUCUUCACUCCCGCACGCACGCACGCACGCACGGCCGGGCACGCGCCGUUCACGUUUGUGCAGCACAACACAACCUCACCGACCAGCAAUCCUUUGUUCUCACCGACUGCUGCCCGAUUGACGUUCGUGCCUGCCUCUGCCAUUGUGCACCUCCCCUCCGCGCCCGACUCCCCGCAGAAGGCACGAAGAAGCAACACACCAACGACACACACACACCCCCUCUCCCCGACGACCGCCGCGUCGACUGGUCUCCGGUGGACACACUGAGCAACGCCCACCGAUCCUCCUCCCACCACACCCCAACACCACCACAAAACCCUCAUCUCGAGGUCACACAACACCAUGACGACAAUGGAUCUCCGUGUGGGGAACAAGUACAGAAUCGGCCGCAAGAUCGGUAGCGGGUCUUUCGGCGACAUCUACCUGGGCACCAACAUCAUCUCCGGCGAGGAGAUUGCUAUCAAGCUUGAGUCCGUCAAGGCGAAGCACCCACAAUUGGAGUAUGAGGCUCGCGUGUACAAGUCGCUGGCUGGUGGUGUCGGUAUCCCUUUCGUGAGAUGGUUCGGAACAGAAUGCGACUACAAUGCCAUGGUCCUCGACCUGCUCGGACCCUCCCUCGAGGACCUCUUCAACUUCUGCAACCGCAAGUUCUCCUUGAAGACUGUCCUGCUCCUCGCCGAUCAGCUCAUCUCCCGCAUCGAGUACAUCCACGCCAAGAGCUUCAUCCACCGCGACAUCAAGCCCGACAACUUCCUCAUGGGCAUCGGCAAGCGCGGCAACCAAGUCAACGUGAUUGAUUUCGGUCUCGCCAAGAAGUACCGCGACCCGAAGACUCACUUCCAUAUCCCGUACAGAGAGAACAAGAACUUGACUGGUACCGCCCGUUACGCCUCCAUCAACACCCACCUGGGAGUCGAACAAUCCCGACGCGACGAUAUGGAGUCCCUCGGCUAUGUGAUGCUCUAUUUCUGCCGUGGUUCUCUCCCAUGGCAAGGUCUUAAGGCGGCGACCAAGAAGCAGAAGUAUGACCGCAUCAUGGAGAAGAAGAUGACCACUCCCACUGAGGUCCUCUGCCGCGGCUUCCCCAACGAAUUCGCCAUCUACCUCAACUACACCCGCAGCCUGCGCUUCGACGACAAGCCAGACUACUCCUACCUCCGCAAGAUCUUCCGCGACCUCUUCGUCCGUGAGGGCUUCCAGUACGACUACGUCUUUGACUGGACUGUCUACAAGUACCAGAAGAAUGCACAGGCUAUUGCUCAGGCGGCGGGCAACCAGAAUGCUGCCGAUGACACCGAGGAGAAGCCUGGCCGUAGGACUGGAGCAGCCACUCGCGGUACUACCGGCCAGCUCUCAAAGGAUCGCUCUGGCGCUGUUCCACCGAGAGAGGGUACCGGAAUGUGAGUGCCUAUGUACACAUGACCUGCCUUCGAAUCUCCGUCUUGCAACUUCGUAGCGCGAACAAGCGUGGCGCUGCCGACCAGUCCGGAUAUAACAAUUACUGAAUGGCUCUGGAUUCGAGGGCAGGGCUGCCUCACAAUUUCAACUCUGCAACAUCGUAGCUGACAUCAGCACCGAAUGUUUCAUGCUCUGGAUCUGGACAUGGUCUCGGUCCGAGCAACACUUUCUUAUUGGUAUUUGGCACUAGUACAUGGCUGUCUGGUCAUCUCGCUUCUCGCAUGGUACCGCACAAUCAGGGUGGCUCACCCCACCAUCGAUUGUGCUUUCGAUCAUGCACAUCAGGAGAAGCGAACACAGAUGACGUGCAACAUUUCAACUUGCAGCAUGCAGUCUACUGGCAGUGUCACUCGGCAGGGCUUUCAGCAAUGACCUUCGAAAUGAAGCGUAACCAAGCUGGAUUCACCUGCAGGCGCCGCGCCGCCACCACUCAACAUUUCCUACUGUCUUCGACUUUGGUUCUCGAUAAAACACCACCAAACAACACAAAAAAAAACUACAACUACAACUACACGAUUUCUUAUGGCGUUUCUUUGCUACUCUGGACCUUCUUACCUGUUAUGGGCUAUGUUAUUCAAUCGACUGAUGCGUGGAAGAAAGUAAUGGCGGCAAGUGUAUAGGGUACGCGUGGGGAGGUAAUGCGAACAAACCGGGGACGAGGGGGAUUUCUGUGCAUUCAUCGCCGUGAGGCAGCACGUCGGGUCUAUGAGGCCCAAUGGAGCGAUCGAGGAACGAAGAUGGCAUGCACAGAGAGAGAUUGUGUGAGCGAUGAAUGUUGGUCUUCUGUUUUGCUUUGAACAUGCAUGGUAGGGCGCGCGUUUGCGACGCCUUGGCGAUCCCCCC